AGUUCCUUUCUCCCCCCUGCCUGCCAUCUUGCUUCCCGCGUGUGUGUGCUUUUCAGUCAGCGGGUCAGUGCGGAGCUGUUAAACCUCUACUUACCUGCACAGUCACACCGAAGUCAGGCUGUAGAAGAUGAAAGAAACAAUCAUGAAUCAAGAAAAACUUGCUAAACUCCAGGCACAAGUCCGCAUUGGCGGAAAGGGUACAGCCCGUAGAAAGAAGAAGGUUGUCCACAGAACAGCAACAGCAGAUGACAAAAAACUUCAGUUCUCCUUAAAGAAACUUGGAGUCAACAACAUCUCUGGCAUUGAGGAGGUGAACAUGUUCACAAACCAGGGAACAGUCAUCCACUUUAACAACCCGAAAGUUCAGGCGUCUCUAGCAGCCAACACCUUCACCAUUACAGGUCACGCUGAGACCAAACAGCUGACAGAGAUGCUGCCCAGCAUCCUGAACCAGCUGGGAGCCGACAGCCUGACCAGCCUGAGGAGACUGGCAGAGGCUCUGCCCAGACAAUCUGUGGAUGGGAAAGCACCACUUGCCGCUGGUGAGGAAGAUGAUGAUGACGAAGUUCCAGACCUUGUUGAGAACUUUGACGAGGCUUCAAAGGACGAGGCAAACUAAAUAUCACCCAGAAUGGAGACUCAUAACUUGAAUUGGCUGCAUGAAGCUGCUAUUUUAUAUUUCAGUGACUUUAUUUUGUAAAUGCUUUCUUUUUGUAUUGUUCCCUUUUACCGAUCAAGUAUAAAGAAUAAUUUGAACAUACAGUAUUGGAAACUCCAGAGUCUUGCAGCUCUUGCUUUCUCUCAAGCAUUACGGUAACAUAAACUUGACCCAACUUUGCACCCUGGUUAAACUGAACAAGUCUGGAAUUUAAAUUUGCAUUUCAUUAAAAACAGAAAAAUGCCUGAA